AUGGGUACCCAGACACCCAAAGCUGCAGGCAGCAACCCUUCUACCCUCAGGGCCACCGAACACACUUACGCUGUGCGACCAGCUGUAGAGAGAAAGAGGACUGCAUCGGUAUCGUCAUGGCAUGGGUCACUCACCAGUCGCGAGGCACCAGCACCACCAGAAGAAAGGCAUCAUACUGGACACGACAAGAGGCGGAGGGAGCAGUACGCUGUGAAGUCUACGCAAUCACCAUCGAACUCGCCACCACGAACUCCAGACAUACCGGAACAGCUAGCCGAGUUGAUCAUCACUAUGAUCCCUGGGUCUGAAGGGGAGGAGCUAGCUGAGGCAUUUCGCGAAGGAUCAGACACACCACCCAUCACACGACAGUCACUGAGCGAGCUCGACAUCCAAAAUAUCAUCACGAACAUCAAAUUACGGCACGACGUCAACUUUGACCGCGAUCUGAGCUUCCGACCAAACCUCGACGGGGCAAAGGGGCAAGAGAAGGUCAAGUCAGCACAGCGGUACUGGAGGGCCUUGGUGGCAGAGCUAGAACUGUACAAUCGACUAUUCCGAGGAACACCACCACUGGAAGGGAUGGAUACUAGCGACUGGUCGACCAUUGUUCGUCACGCCGAGCGACGUAUCCCAAAAAUCUUCCAGACUAUCCGAGAUGUGCUGAAGAGUCUGGUACCCGACCGCGACCACUCAAGGGUAGAUGAGCAUCUAGAUGUGGCGAUGCUGAUGCAACAGAUCGAGAGGGGGGUCUGUGAUCUUGUAGGCUUGUCUGAGUGGAUGUCAUGCCUACUAAAAGAACAUUGCGCGCCGAUGAGGGACGAAUGGGUCGACAAGAUGGUCUCCUACACCAGGACGGGUGUAACGCAGAACAAGCCAGAGAGCAUUGUCAAAGGAUUAUGUGAACUGUUGGGAAUACUGGAGUCCAUGAAGCUGGACGUCGCCAACCACCAGAUUCGGAACCUCAAGACUCUACUAAUCGAGGAUACAGUCAACUUCGAGACACACUAUCACCUGGAUCGACUUGUCAACGGUCGAGCACGGGUCAACAUCCAAACUGCACAGAAGUGGUAUUACUGUGCAACAAAAGAGUUCAGCCCACUCUGCAGUAACGAGCGCGGCUCUUCACGUCUGAACCUUGAGGUGUUUGUUCGUGGUGUCACAGCUACGUUGUUCGGGAAAGAUGGUCGAUCUGAUUUCCCAGAAGCCAUGUACCUCGACACAGACCGACUGCAGAUCAUUAAAGCAGAGAUCGAAGAUCACAUCUUCUUCGAGGUUUGCCUGAAUAUGUUCGCAACCCUUCUCAAGCAAUUCGGGUACCAAGGGCCAAGCUUGUCGACCACACGCCAGCAACUUGUGUCCUCACUCACAGCAAUCAUGGGCGAAUCAAGCAUUGGCUACGGACCGCACCAGUGGAUGGCCAACUCUGAAGCCUUGUCACUGGAGAUCCUUAGGCAAGCUUCCACCCUUGCCGGCCGAGUCACAACAUACGAUUACAACAAUUUGUCAAGCGCAAAUCAACAUCUGCGCCAUCUGUUUUUUAGCACCUUCACGACCCAAGCUCGGAACCUCGAGGCUGCUGUACUGCCCAUCAUCCUGGCUACGAUUGAGAAAUACAACAAUUCGUCACCUAUGGAGCUGUUCAACAACCUCGUCCCUACCACAACAUCUGCAACGCUUCCAUCCGCGCACCACGUACAGUCCGCUACUACUGCCGAUACGUUUUCCUCUCGUCACCUUCUCCACCCAGAUACUUGCAAGCUUUCGGACAUCACAAACCGUAUCUCUCACAUUAUGAUCCUGCAUUGGCGCGUUUGGACUAAGAUUGCUUACGUGCAAGACGACACAAUCGCACCACACUCUGCAACAAUUUCGGCUUCUCAGGCCCCUGAAGCCCACGUCCCGUCCCGUAUGAAGACUGGCGAGACAGCAGAGACUUACGAAGAAGCACCUGCUGCUCACGAAACACCUUCGCAGUAA